GGAUGUGAGCUCACAGCGCCGCCCUGCCCCCCUGCGUCAUGGUUGCCGGUUCCGCGUAGCAGAGUGGUUCCCCAGAGGCGUCCCGGCCCCGGCUCCCUCCACCCCGCAGCCGGGGGCUCCCGGGUCCCCUCAGGCCCGGCGGGGGCGGCCCCCAGGUGCAGUUGUGAAGUGCUGACUCCUACAAUAGGAGGUGCCAUCAUGGGGAAUCAGCUGGCUGGCAUUGCCCCGUCUCAGAUCCUGUCUGUGGACAGCUAUUUCUCAGACAUCCAUGACUUUGAAUAUGACAAAAGCCUGGGGAGUACUCGGUUUUUUAAAGUUGCUCGGGCCAAGCACAGGGAAGGCCUGGUGGUUGUGAAGGUAUUUGCAAUUCAGGAUCCAACUUUACCACUAACUAGCUACAAGCAAGAGCUAGAGGAGUUGAAGAUAAGGCUACACUCUGCACAGAACUGUCUUCCCUUUCAGAAGGCCACUUUGUCUGAAAAAGCAGCUAUGCUCUUCAGACAGUAUGUGAGGGACAACCUUUAUGAUCGAAUCAGUACUAGGCCAUUCCUAAAUAACAUUGAAAAGAGGUGGAUAGCCUUCCAGAUCUUGACUGCUGUGGACCAAGCACACAAGUCUGGAGUCCGUCAUGGGGACAUCAAAACUGAAAACGUUAUGGUGACUAGCUGGAACUGGGUGCUUCUAACUGACUUUGCCAGUUUUAAACCAACUUAUCUUCCUGAGGACAAUCCUGCUGACUUCAAUUAUUUCUUUGACACGUCGCGUAGAAGGACUUGUUAUAUUGCCCCUGAGCGCUUUGUUGACGGCAGUAUGUUUUCUACAGAGUUGGAGAAUAUGAAAGAUCCUUCAAUGCCACUGGUAGACUUGGCAAACAGCAAUCAGCGAACCAGAGGAGAAUUGAAACGUGCAAUGGAUAUCUUUUCUGCAGGCUGUGUAAUAGCAGAGCUCUUCACAGAAGGUGUACCACUGUUUGACUUAUCUCAGCUUUUGGCCUAUAGAAAUGGUCUUUUCUCCCCUGAUCAAGUCCUGAACAAAAUUGAAGAUCGCAGUAUCAGAGAACUGGUCACUCAGAUGAUCCACUGUGAGCCAGAUAAACGUUUAGGAGCAGAUGAUUACUUAAAACAACAACGUAACAAUGCAUUUCCUGAAAUAUUUUACACCUUUCUCCAGCCUUACAUGGCACAGUUUGCCAAGGAAACAUUCCUAUCAGCAGAUGAGCGUAUACUUGUCAUACGUAAAGAUCUGGAUAACAUUAUUCAUAAUCUCUGUGGACAUGAUCGAACAGAGAAAGCAGAGGGAGAGACAAAAGAGAAUGGGCUAGUUGUUCUAGUGUCUGUGAUAACUUCCUGUUUACAGACUCUCAAAUACUGUGAUUCAAAACUGGCUGCUUUGGAACUGAUUCUGCAUUUAGCACCAAGAUUAAGUGUGGAGAUUCUGCUGGAUCGUAUUAUGCCUUAUCUAUUACAUUUCAGCAAUGACUCUGUGCCUAGGGUGAGGGCAGAAGCUGUGAGGACACUGACUAAAGUUCUUGCUCUUGUCAAGGAGGUGCCACGCAAUGAUAUCAAUAUUUACCCAGAAUACAUUUUGCCAGGCAUAGCACAUUUAGCCCAAGAUGAAGCCACUAUUGUCAGACUGGCAUAUGCUGAAAACAUAGCACUAUUAGCAGAAACGGCUCUGAGAUUUCUGGAAUUAGUACAGCUGAAAAAUCUGAACAUGGAAAAUGAGCCGACCAGUGAAGAAAUGGAUGAAGUGUCACAUCCCAGUGAAAACUAUGACACAGAGCUUCAGGCUUUGCAUGAAAUGGUCCAGCAAAAAGUUGUUACUCUGCUGAGUGACCCAGAAAACAUUGUGAAACAGACGCUAAUGGAAAAUGGAAUAACACGUCUCUGUGUCUUCUUUGGACGUCAAAAAGCCAAUGAUGUCCUCCUAUCUCAUAUGAUCACCUUCCUGAAUGAUAAGAAUGACUGGCAUCUUCGGGGAGCUUUCUUUGACAGCAUAGUUGGUGUUGCUGCUUAUGUUGGCUGGCAAAGUUCAUCAAUUUUAAAACCUCUACUCCAGCAAGGUCUCAGUGAUGCUGAAGAAUUUGUCAUUUUUAAGGCCCUCAAUGCUCUUACCUGUAUGUGCCAGUUAGGGCUGUUGCAGAAACCACACAUCUAUGAAUUUGCUUGUGAUAUAGCGCCCUUCCUAUGCCAUCCAAACCUUUGGAUACGUUAUGGGGCAGUAGGAUUUAUCACUGUGGUAGCACAGCACUUAAAUAUUGCUGAUGUCUACUGCAAGCUAAUGCCUUAUCUCCAUCCUUUUAUCACUCAGCCGAUAAUACAGAUAGAUAAAGAAAUAGUCCUGUUGAGUGUCCUUAAAGAGCCAGUAAGUCGGUCCAUAUUCGAUUAUGCUUUAAGAUCAAAGGACAUCGCAAGCCUUUUCAGACAUCUUCAUAUGCGUCAGAAGAAAAGGAAUGGCACUCGCCCUGAUUGUCCUCCCCCUGAGGACCCAGCCAUAGCACAGCUGCUAAAGAAGCUACUUUCCCAAGGUAUGACUGAGGAGGAAGAAGACAAACUGUUAGCAUUAAAGGACUUUAUGUUAAAAUCCAAUAAAGCCAAGGCCAAUAUAGUGGACCAGAGCCACCUGCAUGACAGCACUCAAAAAGGGGUUAUUGACUUGGCAACUCUGGGAAUAACUGGAAGACAAGUUGAUCUUGUUAAAACAAAGCAGGAGCCUGAUGACAAACGUGCUAGAAAAAAUGUAAAACAAGAAGCAAAUGUAAAUGAAGAAUGGAAAAGUAUGUUUGGGUCUUUGGAACCUUCUAACAUCUCCCAGCCAAUACCUAAAGGGCAAAGUGCUGAUCAAGAAGCAGCACAGACUGGAAAACCUCUUCGUUCCGAGUCCGCUGCUGGCAUCUGUGCCAAUUUGUCAUCCUCUCCACAGGCAACUGAUGGAACAGUUGUCCAGACCAGGAAACCAACCAUACAGGUUUUAAGCAGUACAGCUUCACCUUCCACGUACCAGUUACGCAUCACUACUUGCAAAACUGAACUUCAGCAGUUAGUCCAACAGAAGCGAGAACAGUGCAAUGCAGAACGAAUGGCCAAACAGAUGAUGGAGAAUGCUGAAUGGGAGAGCAAACCACCUCCUACAGGAUGGCGUCCUAAAGGGCUGUUAGUUGCUCACCUUCAUGAACACAAGUCUGCAGUGAACCGUAUUCGAGUCUCGGAUGAACAUUCCAUUUUUGCCACAUGCUCUAAUGAUGGCACGGUGAAAAUCUGGAACAGUCAAAAAAUGGAAGGAAAAACCACUACGACCAGAUCAAUUUUGACAUAUUCUCGGAUUGGAGGAAGUGUCAAGACACUUACUUUUUGCCAGGGCUCACACUACCUGGCUGUAGCUUCAGAUAAUGGUGGGAUCCAGCUUCUUGGGAUUGAAGCAUCAAAGCUUCCGAAAUCUCCUAAAAUUCAUCCAAUACAAAGCAGGUUGCUAGACCAGAAGGAUGAUGGGUGUGUGGUAGAUAUGCAUCACUUCAAUUCGGGAGCACAGUCAGUGCUGGCUUAUGCCACUGUGAAUGGUUCCCUAGUUGGAUGGGACCUGCGAUCCACUAGUAAUGCUUGGACAUUAAAACAUGAUUUGAGGCUAGGUCUCAUAACCUCAUUUGCUGUGGACAUACACCAGUGCUGGCUAUGUAUUGGUACAAGCAAUGGUACCAUGGCAUGCUGGGACAUGAGGUUCCAGUUACCCAUCUCCAGCCAUUGCCAUCCUUCCAGGGCUCGUAUCAGACGCCUGCUGAUGCAUCCCCUCUCUCAGUCAUGGGUAAUUGCAGCUGUUCAAGGCAAUAAUGAAGUCUCCAUGUGGGAUAUGGAAACCGGAGACAGGCGCUUCACUUUGUGGGCCAGCAGCGCACCUCCUCUUUCAGAAUUACAGCCUUCGCCUCACAGUGUUCAUGGAAUAUACUGUAGUCCUGCAGAUGGAAAUCCCAUUUUACUGACUGCAGGUUCAGACAUGAAAAUAAGGUUUUGGGAAAUGGCUUACCCUGAGAGAUCGUACAUUGUUGCAGGAAGUGCUACUUGCCCAUCUGUAUCCUACAACAGGAAGAUAAUUGAAGGCACAGAGGUGGUUCAGGAAAUUCAAAAUAAGCAGAAGAUGGGCCCCACAGAUGAGACCCCUCGUCGCGGACCAGAGUCUCUACCAGUCGGACACCAUGAUAUCAUCACAGAUAUUGCUACUUUCCAGACUACUCAAGGGUUUAUAGUAACUGCAUCAAGAGAUGGAAUUGUUAAAGUGUGGAAGUAAAAGUUGCACUAAUAUAUAGUAUGUAUAUAUUUGUAACAAAAAAUAGUAUUAUACUGAUUUUGAAGAAUAUGAAGGUGACCAUACAUCAAUCACUAUGGUUAUUAAAGCUUGUUUAAAGGCCCUUUGAGUUAUUUUAUUACAGCUGCUUGGUUUCUGUAGCACUUUCUGAAAGUAACAAGCAGAAGCAGUUUAUGAAGAAAUUGUAUUUAGCCUCAUGGUAACCAUACUAUUCUUCGGGAACCUGUAAGAAAAUAGUUUGAAAUAUUAUGUUGCGGAUUAUAAACAUAAUGAAAGCUGCUGACCCCUACAUAGACAGUAUUUAUGAAGUCUGACUUUUUUUACAUUGAGUCUGGAAGAAGAGUGAAAGAAUUUGUUGCACUAAUGUCCAUGUAUACUCUGAUAAAUAUACAGUUAAUACUAGAGAAUAAACUCCAUUUGAGCUUA